CGAUUUUUUCCUAAACAUGCAUCGCUACAAGUACGUUACUAACUUCAUUCUCAUGUUUUGAUUCUCCACCUCCACUGACAGCAGUGACAGCGGUGCAACGAUCGUCGGUGACCAAUGAACGCCUACGGCGAGGACGAGGGUGACAGACACCCGGUGCAGGGUUAAUCCGCGAAAGGGGGGAGCAGGUGCGUGCCGUGAAAUUAAAUCGUCGGCCGAAAUGAGGCUAGACAAGGAAAGACGAGGACUUUCCGAGAUGACGGGGUGCGAUAAGUAGACUCGUUCACUCGCGCAGGGAGAAUCACGUGCGACGUGGUUCAACGACACGCGCCCGGACAAAAUAAACCCAUUGAGGACCUAAACGUCGAUGCAAGUAUCAACGGCGCUUCAGCGCUGACUAUCGAUCCCUCAUUUGGAUAUACGGCCGAUGCAUUUUUGGAUCGACAAGCCGGCAGGCAGGUACUACGGCUUUGGAGGGCGCCGAUACCCUGCCACCCCGUUGCCCAAGGCUCGCUCCGGUCAUCGACGACGUGGCAGGGAGGUAAUUAGACCGAUGGUCACUCCGGUUCAUCGGUUCCAAAGUUUGAACGGCACCAGCCACGCUCCGGGCCCAAGUAAUUCCUGCGGUUACGGCCCUCGUCACCUGAGGCCUUCUUUAAGGAACGCCAACGACAUUGGUGCCAACAACAACAGCGAAAAUAUAUCGCUGCAGCCUGUUCAGGCAACCGCAAAUUCAGCAAACUGCCACGUAUCGGAUAACGCAGGAAACAACCAACUUCAUCCACCUUCAGAAACAGCAGCGGACCCGGCACAUAACAGAAGUCUACUUGAUUUCUCAGAGUUCACAGAUGCCGAAUUAGCUGGAUGCAGACUGCGCUGCGGAGUUUGGAUUACAUGUGUUCUAGCUGCAGGAUUCGUCGUCGCAGCAAAGUUCUAUUUCGACCACCAGGGCACUGGACUUGAGGUCUUGGUGUACUGCGGAUUGCUAGUCACACUCCUCCUAUCUGGUUGCUUUUACUCGAUUCUGUGCCGACGAACAGAAGAGAACGUGGUCAGGGAAAAUGCUAUGCAAUCUCAGGAGGAUCCGAUAGCAGCUAUGACUGCUGCGAAUACAAUUGCAAAUGAGAAUAUUAGACUACCAAUGGUUAUGCCUGUUUCAGAACAGAACCCACCACCGCCACCUUACCACAUUGCCAUUUUAAUACCGCCGUCGCAUUCGGCGGAAGAUAUUCCUCCCCCAUCUUAUGACAAGAUAGCUGUGCAUUAAGAGGGGAAGUUGGUUUUCACACGUUAUAACCGUGGGUUAUUUUCUGCUUGACCAUGAUGCUAGGCUUGAGUCGCACGAGACUGUGUAAUGGUAAUCCACAAGGGAUUGAGUCAUUUUCGUAGAUUGGUUCAGGUAUGUGAAUUACCUAUCAUGGAAAGCAUUCCAGUUCGGCUUAACCAUAAAUCGACCGCUGUUGCUUACACUCUGACAACUUUUUUCUUCCUUCUUUCUCAACAGAAAAAUGAGAAUGUAAUAUUACAAAGAACGCGUUUUACGAAUUCAAAACCUUCUCUUUCAAACUCAACGAAAAUGUGAUCUUCCAAGAAUUAAUGUGUUCUAUUUAGAAUUAUUUUUAACCCAAUUGAGCUGAUCUGGAAUGUCAGUCAAAUAUUUAGCAGUGGCUAGAGUUGCCAAAUGAUUCGCGUUCUUCUUUCGUGGCAUCGUGAUACGAGAAAUGAUUAUAUAUUGGAUCUAUAGUAAUAUAUUGAUAUGAUAAAUUUUAAUUUAUAGUGGCGAUCGGUUCGACCAAAUUCUAAUUUUCGUUCGCCUCUAAUAACAUGACAGAUGGUUCAAACAUAAGACAGAUUAAAAAAUAAUCACCUGUGUACCUCUAUACGCAUGGUAGCUACGAGUUUCGAUUAAUAUUAUGACGAUAUAAUUGUAAUAAUAUAAUACUAACAGGCAGCUUAUUCACGCUGUUCCAAUCGUACUGUUAUUUUGCGCGUUCUCCAUUACCGUAAAAGCAUUAAGACACUACGAAUCCAACAAACAGACUGAUAUUACUAUAAUUACACCGAUAUUCUUUUCGCAACUUCAACAAAGAUCGUAUUAGAGUUUAAAUAUACAUUGAUCUCUCAAACAGUUUACGAAUUGAUAAACAAAAAGUAAAAAUAAUGAUUAAUCAUAUUACGAAUAGAAAUAAGAUACUUUCGCAUCUGUGAUAGCGGCGCGAGAAAAUAUCCGUAAGAUCCGUUUCAAUAUUACUACUAUUAUACAAUAUACAAAAAUAUGUUUUAAAAGCGCAUAAUAAUACAUAAACGCAUCGAGA